CCUUGGCUGAUAAAAGGGAUCAAAUAAUCUGAAAUUGAGGUUAGGACAUGUUUUGGUAUAACUGGGUUGCUGGGGAUAUCAUUGCCCUUGCAUUCACCUAUGGCGUUAUCCUAUCCAUACUUAAAUUCUUGGAAGAAUCAGCGAAAAUGGAGCUCUUCGACUUGAAUGUACUUAGGAAGCUUUGUCAUGUUAUGAUUGGACUAACUCUGAUGCUAUGCUGGCCAUUGUUCAGUUCUGGGCGUACAGGAGCAAUUUUAGCAUCUCUUAUCCCUGGAUUAGUCACAACAAGAGGACUUAUUGUAGGACUUGGAAUGGGAAAAGAUGAGAAAAUCAUCAGGUCCCUCAGCAGAUACCGAAAUUCCAGGGAACUUCUCAAGGCAACAAUGGGAUAUGUUUCCACAAUCACUUUGGCCACUGCUAUCUAUUGGAGAACUUCUCCUGCAGCAAUAGCAGCAAUUUGCAACCUCUGUGCUGGAGAUGGUAUAGCUGAUAUUGCGGGGCGACGAUUUGGAAGCUGGAAACUUCCCUACAACAGAAACAAAUCAAUUGUUGGCACCACUGCCAUGGCAACUUGUGGGUUUUUGGCUUCUUUAGGGUACAUGCUCUAUUUUUCGUGGUUGGGGUACAUUCAAGAAAGUUCAAAGAUGGUUCUUGGAUUCUUCAUAGUGUCUGUUGCCUCUGCAUGCGUUGAAUCCCACCCUUUAAGUACUGAACUUGAUGACAACUUCACAGUACCACUGGCCUCAUUGUUGGUGGGCAGUUUUGUUCUAUGAUAAAAUCUCAAUUAGUUUAUCCUCCUAGUUUCAUGGUUCAAUGACAGAAGUGUAAUACUGGUACUAAUUAUAAAUAAAUGGAAGAAUAUUUAUAAUUUCCCUGUA